AUGAGCCCAGAAGAGAAGAUAAUUUUCCAGGAAUAUUUGACAAAGCAGGGGACUGUAGUAAAGCCCUAUUACUGGCAGACACCAAAUCCAAACUGUGCUAAGUGUCCCUAUCAUAUACGGACAGGUGAGGAAUCUCGAGUCCCAUAUGUAGAAUUCCACAGGGCCUUUGGAUUCCCAUACAGGGCAACAAGCCUCCAAAACAAACACCUUCUUUUCUACGAGUUGAGGCUAUUGUCAGGCACAUUAGUCCAAAAAGGCCAUGCUACCAAUUGUACUGACCAAGACAGCCAUCCAGAAUCUAUGUUAUUUGAGGCAGGAGGUUAUUUGGAUGCAGUUACUUAUACCUAUGAAGACAUUGGCUACAUAAUCCUCUACUCAAACUAUUCUCCUUGUAAUGAGGCUGACCAUUGCUGCCUAAGUAAAAUCUACAGUUUCCUGACGAAGUACCCACAAGUCACCCUCUGCAUCUAUUUCUCUAAGCUUUAUCACAUUGAGAACAGUUUACCCACCGCUGUGUGGAACCAUGAAGUUUUAAAAAGCCUUUCCAGCUUAUGGCCUCAUGUGACACUACACCCACUGUGCGGGGGAAUAUGGCAUUACCUCCUCUGCAAUUUUGUGCAUGGCAUCCCAGGAUCAACCCUUUAUCAUCCAGCUUUGCCAUCAAGAACCUUAGGAGAUCAGCCAAAUUCACAUCAAAUUAAUAACUUUAUGGGAAUGAAACCAUAUUUUAAGACUGCAUUUCCACAGGCAAUGCUGGGGAAGCCUGCUCUGCAGCAAAAUUUAAAGAUCUUUUCUUCUAAACCAGCCUCCAAACAGCUGAUGAAAGGCAGUCUGCCACCUCUGAUGUCUCAAAGCCACUCGGUGCUUUUCUCAGGGAUGUUUCGACCCUUUCAGAAGGAACAGCUGUAUCCCAAACCUAAAAAUAUCGUAAGACAUUUAAAAAUGCCAAAUAAAUGA